ACCAGCUGACGACUGUGGUCUGUGUCGUGUCGUCUAGUCAAUCUGAGUCAGUCACAUAAAGUGAAAUACAUGAUGACAUAAUCAUACAUCACGAACAGUCUGUCAUCAAAACAAAAGAUAAAGAAACAGUUCUAUCUACAUCAGUGCCGUCAACGGUUGACUGUUAACUUUCAACCAGAGUGAGAAAGAGGUGUAUUUUUUUCAAUUUGCCCUCAAAAAGGAGGUGUAUUUUUUCACCAAAACAACGCCAGCUAGACUGCUGUGCCCGUUUUGACAUCUUCAUGUGUUUGUGUGCCAUUUAUUUUGACCUUUGUAAACACCACUCAGUCGGUGUAUGAAGGUUUUCGGAACUCGACAGGGAGAUUUAUCUUCACAGUGACAGUUUGUUUGCGUGUUCAUUCCAAUACUUCGCAUGUAGAAGACAACGAUGGCAGGCUGUUGUAGAGCUCAGGUAAACUGUUGCUUCAGAGGAUCACCAUGUCCCUGUAUUUGCUGUCCAGUCCGGGAAUCAACCAGCACCAGAAUCUUGUAUGCCUUCUUCUUUGUGUUCGGAUUUGUCCUAUCAUGUGUUUUUGUGUCAAAUACUGUGGCACAAGAACUUCCAAAAUACCCUAAGCUGCUGGACUUCUGCCGUACCAUCGGAGUAGGUGAAAACUGCAGCAGACUUAUCGGAUUUGCAUCUGUAUACAGGAUAUGCUUCUCUAUGGCGAUAUUCUUUUUUAUUCUACUCAUUAUAACGGUUGGCAUAAGGAACAGCAAGUCAUGUCGAGCAGCAGUUCACAAUGGAUUGUGGUGUUUUAAAGUGUUGAUUAUACUAGUUUUCUUUGUGGGAUCUUUCUUCCUACCUAUAUCGGACAUCAUGCUGACCGUUGGGUUAUACAUCGGCUUCACUGGGGCUGGCCUAUUUAUACUCAUGCAGCUCUGGAUGCUGCUGGACUUUGCCGCAACGUGGAAUUCAAAAUGGUCAGCAAAUAUUGAUAAUAACGGUUCCAAGCUCUGGUAUGUAGCCUUAAUCUUCUUCAUGCUUUUCUUCUACGCCCUUGCCAUCGGCAUUAUGAUCUUUCUGAUCGAGGUCUUUGGAGAAGGUGCUGAGUGCAUCCGGAACAUCUUCUUUGUCAGUCUAAGCGGCAUCCUCUGUGUGUUUAUCAGCAUCAUCUCCAUUAUGCCCUGCUUACCAAGUGAUUACCCAAGGGGUGGUUUACUGCAGGCAUCUAUCGUGUCGGCUUACAUCAUGUAUCUAACAUGGUCAGCACUUCUAGUGGAACCACCAAUGGAAGUGAAGACCCUUACAGUUGACAAUGGAACCCAGAGCCAGUACAAUGUGACGUACGUGACAUGCGGUCUGGGUAGCUUUACCUCGUCUCUAUUCAUCAUGGACAGCACCCACUCUGAGCUGAUCAACGCUAUCAUUGCAGCUGUUCUGCUUCUAGGUCUGGUGCUUUAUGCUUGGUGUGAGAAACUUCAGACUUUUAUCCUAACUCAGACCUUUUGGGGCAAUGUUGGGCAACAUUUUUACAAGGGACCUUGGACACUCCAAAACAUGUUGUCCUUUCAUUCGAGUGUGCGUUCAUCUGGUACAUCACUCCGCUUCUCAAGCCCUAACUCCCAUCCUGUGAAUGCAUGCUUAACUAACAGGCAACAGACACUGCAGCAUGAGAUUGUUGCAGCUCCCCAGUCCACUUCGACAUUCUGUUGUUGCUGCACUACAUCAACGCCAACCCGAAAUGAUAAUAAUGCAGAGAGAGGAGAUGAUAAAAGAGUGAGUUUGGGACUGAUUCACAACGAGAGAGACGGAGUCAUCUACAGCUACUCUUUCUUUCAUCUCACACUGGUCCUGGCAUCUCUCUAUGUCAUGAUGACUCUCACUAACUGGUAUAGACCUGAGGAAGCAACUCUGGAGAACCUUCACCGUACAUGGCCCCCGUUCUGGAUCAAGUUGGGCUCUAGUUGGCUGUGUGGCGCCCUCUUUGUUAUCAAACUAAUCACAAUCAUGCGGUGCUCUACAGACCAACCUACAGAUAGACAGAGACGAAUAUCACGGAACUCGUACCAGCCUGCAGGAGCGCAUCCGAACAGACUUAGUACUACCUCCAUUUAGGCACUCAAGUCCUAAGUCACCAAGUUGUCUUGAUACAUAUCCGGUAAGUUCUACCAUAGAGUAAGGACCAUGGUCUAAGUUACCAUGGUCUUACCAACAAACGGGUGCAAUUCUCUACAACCUUCUUGAUACAUAUUUUGUACUUUUUUAAUUAAAGGCAAUGCCAUUAUUUCUGAUUGAUAUUCAACUCAUCAAUAUUUAGCAUAGUGUUUAAAAUAAUAUGUGUCUUUGUUGUCAAACAAUGAGGAACCCCCACCCCGUUUUUAAAAUUAUGUCAAUUAAAUUCUGAAUAUUUUAGGACACUUCACAAAAGGUCCUUAUAAGUAGACUUGCAACAGUCUACCAAUGAGUUCAGCACUACAGUGCAAUUGCUCUAACCCUCACAGGGUCUUGAUCAGAACUCCUGGACUAUCCCAAUAUGGAGGAAACUCUACCCUGAUAAGGGCCCUGUUUGAACCCCGAUUAUCAAUCCCCUUAAAUGAUAUUGAUCGAAUGAUAAUAAUAAGGCCAGUGAAAAAUGAAGCUCAGUUUUUGUCGGAGCUUUCUUUUAAAA